UUUUUUUUACAUUUCGCAUUUCGUCCUUUUGAAUUCAAGUUUUCCCAUUUGCACUUUUUCCUCAUUCUUUUUUGUCUCAUUUUCUUCUUGAUACAAGCCUGUGUUAACUUUCUGACUUUGUCUUUGUUAUCCAAAACCACGGAAUCUCUUUCUUUAAUUUUUCUUACCCGACUCUCUUCUCUUUUCUUCUCUUUGUCUUGUCUUUUUCUUUCAUUCGAAAACAGUAACUUGGGCGCGGUUUUUUAUAUUUGUUCUUUGUCCAUUUUGGCUUUACCAUAGCGCAACUGCCACCAGGAGGAGCGCUCAAAGCGAGCACAUUCAACACACGAGUCAGCAAAUUUAUCAACGACGCAGUACAGACAGGACGGGGCGAGAAGCUCUCGGAUAUUGUUGUUUUUUCGUUCCCACACACAUACACAAAUUCAAAAUUAACUUGACGGGGCGGCUCAGGAAAUGACCCCUGCUGAUUCGCAGGUGAGAGUGAAGGUGUACCAGCUGGAGAAAAGCUCCGUUUGGGUUGACAAAGGGACCGGGUUUUGCACACUGGAGGACUGCCAGGGCGUUCUUCACCUCAAUGUCGUUUCAGAGACCGAGCUCGAUCGCAAGAUACUGGACUGCGCAGUCCAGCGAGGAGAGGUGUACCAGCAGCAAGAAGCAACGCUGAUUGUGUGGACCGAACCCACUGGAGAGGACAUGGCGCUCAGCUUCCAGGAACAGGAGGGCUGCCUAUCGAUAUUGAACCAAAUUAUCGAGUUUGAAAAUGUCAUAGACGAGCAUGCAAACAGAGGGAGCAGUCCAUCAGCGAUGUCAAACGAUUACAUUCUUCCGCAGCCAACCAUGUCGGCGCUAGGCGAGAUUGAGCAUAUAAUUGCGGAGGCCAGCCAUUCAAUUUUUUUACGCGACAAGGUAGUGUCACAUAUCGUCAACACGAACUAUUUAGAGCAGCUGUUUGCGCUCCACGAGGCGUGCGAAGACUUGGAUGCCACAGAGGAGUUACACCAAUUAUACAACAUCAUGCGGCAGGCAAUCUUGCUGAACGACUCGCUGAUAUUCGAGUCCAUCAUCAAGGAUGAACACAUCAUCGGGGUGGUCAGUUUGCUAGAGCACGAUCCGCAGCAACAUGUGGAGCGCGGCACAUUCCGCAAUUUCUUGCGCGGCAACGCGCGGUACAAAGAGGUUGUACCAAUCGACGACGUGGAAAUGGAAAGCAAGAUCCACCAGACGUUCCGGCUGCAGUACCUGAAGGACGUUGUUUUACCACGCAUCCUGGAUGAUGGCACGCUGCCGAUAAUAAACGCUCUAAUUUACUUCAACCACGCACAGAUCGCCAAUUACUUGCAGCACAACGAGCGGCUUCUCAAGGACCUCUUUGGCUUGCUGCACAAGUCAGAGGACGCGGAGAAGAAGAGGGACGUGGUAUAUUUUGUGCGACAAUUCUGCUCGCUGGCGAGGAGUCUGCCUGUGUCGUACCGGAUAGGGCUGUAUCGGACGCUGGGCCAAUACGGGAUGUUUGCUGUUUUUGAAUAUGCGCUUUCGGCGGACAAUGACAUGGAGCUGCAGGCAGCGGGUGCAGAUGUGAUCCUGUCGGCAUUGGAGCAAGACCGUGCGUUAGUGAGGUCGUAUGCGAUGGAGCAGUCCCGGCAGCAGCACGACAACCCAAACUUCAUUGACUUGGUCAUUCAGGGUAUACAGAGGCAUAUCGGAAGCGAGGUUCAAAUCCAUUGUUGUGAGAUUAUGCGUAUUAUCCUUGAUGUCACCCAACCACCACUGCCACAACAGCACCAACAACAACCACCAACACAAGACGCGUUAGAUGUGUCCUUGACAUCUGGCGACCGCCCCGGCAGAGAUGCAUGCGAGAGCAGCAUGGAUGAUUUUAUUGCCAUGUUCUACGGCGCCUUCGCACACAGCACUAUGGAACCGCUUCUGGCGCUGACUGUGAAAUCAGUGCAGGGUAUUGGAUCCAAGGACAAAUGCAUCCCACUCCUCUUAUUUCUCUGUGAGACGCUCUCAACGUGCGUCCGGUUUCACGGCUACCGUGCUCGCAGCUUUGUGUUUGCCUCAGACGUGGCCAAGAAUGUGGUACUUUUGCUCGAUGCCAAGCCCAACUAUCUCAAGCUGGCAGCUUUGCGAUUCAUCCGAGUCUGUGUGGGGAUCCAGGACGACUCAUACAACAAGUACCUGGUGGGCCACCGGUUGUUUGACCCCGUCAUCGAGCUCUUUCUCCGGGUGCACUCGCGCGAUAACCUGAUAUCGUCAGCCUGCCGCGAGCUGUUCAAGUUUAUAGCUAUAAACCGCAUUGCUUUACUGCUUUCGCAUUUGACCAAUGUUCACUCAAAGACGCUGGGCCCCGCAAGAGAAACGCUAGAGAUGCUACGCCAAGCGUACGUGGAGCAUCUGGCGGAAGUGGAGCGCAUUAAGAGUGGUGGGUCAGAGCCGUCCACGCCGAUAAUCAUUUCCGGCGGGAGGAGAAAGAGUGCAGUGUCGAUAAACAGUUUAACAGACAGAGAAUUACAGCGCGUGCAGGGUAACAACGGCGCGGCUGGCCACGACAUCGGCCCCGAACAGUGGGUGGGAGGCUCAGCAGCGGAUGAGAUGGAGGACGCGUACCUCGAGGCCUCGGACCUGGACGAUUCUAUUGACGUUGUAGACUCGCAAUCACCAGAGCUCAAGGGCUUACAGGACUGCCUUGUUCUAUAUUCUGACGCUACAACAGAAGCUAUUAAAGUGGCUGAUACUACCAGUGCAGAUAAUCCCGCGGUAUCCCAGCCACGCACACCCGACGCUUCGCCUCCGCCGUUGCUCAAGAAGUUCAGUUCGACCGACGGCAAUCUUCUCGACGCGUCGCGCAAUAACAGCGCCGUUCUGACAAUUGCUGAUGCAUUCCCCGACAGCAAGCCUGUCGCAGGCAGGCGGCGACUGAUGGGGACAAAGCGCGCAGUCAUUGGAGGCAUGCACAAGGGCUCGCUAUUCAGGAAUUCCAAUGGGAGCGCGACAUCGUCUUCUGAAAUUGGAUCGGCGGCGGCAGCGAUGCCGCCUCUGGGAAAGCGGGGGCGCACAAUGGCGAGCGGGAUAGUGCAUAUGGAGCAGAAUGCAAGGUUGGUCUCGCUAUCUAAUGAUGGUCAGGGAUCACAGACUACCCGUGCAAGCUGCAGUAAUGAUGGCGUGCGCUUGCAGGGCUCUAAGGCUCUCUCAUCGCCCAAUGGUGCUGUGGGAAUGGUAGGCGGCAGUACUGGGCCAUCUGAUAACCCGUCGCCGCCAAAAAAGGCCAAAACUGCAUCGCUGUAGUUUUAAAAUUUUGAUUGUAUGCUUUUCGCCUCAUGUCGCCUCAUGUAUAAAAUAGAUAGUAUAAGGCAUUUUAAUAGUUAUUACAUUUUAUGAAUCGAACCCCCGAUAGAUAGCAUGUCAGUAAGGCCGUGUAUGGUUAGUAUUGAAAGGCCAGUUGUUUAUGCUUUGGCAAUGGAGAGAAAAUAUAUACAUUGAGCGAGAUAUAAAACAAGUAAAAAACAAACAAA